UGUGGUCUGUACAACUUCCUACUGUUCGGCGUGAUUUCGUUGAAAACAAAAUAUUUUUGCAUUUUCCCACUCCUGUGUUUAAAUCACAAUGGACAUCAAACGAAAAGCAGGAGACAGUGCCAUGGUCCCUUUCAAAAAGCCAAGAACAGAUCUGGUAGCUUACGGGUCUCAAGAAAAAGCAGUAUUGCAGAUGGGUCCUCCUAGACUGUCAGGACUAGAAGCUCCUAUAAUGCUAUUAACUGGUACAGAAGGAGAAAUCUAUACCUGUAAAUUCUCACCUGAUGGACAACUGAUAGCUUCUGCAGGGUUUGACAGGCUUAUUUGUUUUUGGAAUGUAUAUGGUGAAUGUGAAAAUUUUGCAGUUUUAAAAGGUCACAAUGGAGCAGUAAUGGAAAUACAGUUUUCUACAGAUGGAAAUACAUUAUUUUCUGCAUCAACGGACAAGACAGUUGCAUUAUGGGAUGUAGAGGCAGGCACAAGAAUAAAAAAAAUGAAAGGUCACACAAGUUUUGUGAAUGCCUGCAGUGCUGCUAGAAGAGGACCACAAAUAAUCUGCAGUGGAAGUGAUGAUGGUACAAUAAAGUUGUGGGAUGCCAGAAAAAGGGGAGUGCAACAAACAUUCCAGAGUACAUACCAAGUUACAUCGGUCACUUUCAAUGACACAGCAGAACAAAUAAUAUCAGGGGGCAUUGAUAAUGAUAUUAAGGUUUGGGAUUUACGGAAGAAUGAUGUAUUAUACCGACUUCGAGGACAUGCUGAUACACUGACAGGCCUGACCUUGAGUCCUGACGGUUCAUAUUUACUGUCUAACUCAAUGGAUAAUACAUUAAGAAUAUGGGAUAUAAGACCAUUUGCUCCACAAGAAAGAUGUGUUAAAAUAAUGCAAGGUCACCAACAUACUUUUGAAAAGAAUUUAUUACGAUGUAGUUGGUCUCCAGAUGGCAGCAAAGUAGCAGCUGGGUCAGGUGACAGAUUUGUUUACAUAUGGGACACCACGUCACGGAGAAUUUUAUACAAAUUACCAGGACAUGCUGGAUCAGUAAAUGAAGUUGACUUUCAUCCGAACGAACCCAUAAUUGUAUCAGGAUCAAGCGACAAAAAAUUAUACCUUGGAGAAAUAGAAUGACAAUAGAUCUAACACCAAGGAAUCUAAGAUGUGUUGAUUAAGACCUUUUUUAAGACUGUUGAUCCCAGAGACAUUUAAUAAAGGCAGCAGACAUUUACAUAUUCAUCCAUUGUAUAAUACCAAACAGAGGCUAGGAUCUGAAACAGAAUGGAUGUUGGAUAGAAUACAUGUGCAAUUCAUGUUUUUAUAUAUAAAAUUUUUGAACAUAGA